AGCGGGUCCGAGGAGCGGAAGCGGCGCAGGAGGCGGCGGGGGGGCCGGGUGGCCGGGGUCCCGGGCCCCGCGGCGGCGGCAGCGGCGGCGGCGGCGCCAGGAUGAUCAAGCUGUUCUCGCUGAAGCAGCAGAAGAAGGAGGAGGAGUCGGCCGGCGGCACCAAGGGCAGCAGCAAGAAGGCGUCGGCGGCGCAGCUCCGGAUCCAGAAGGACAUUAACGAGCUGAACCUGCCCAAGACUUGUGAUAUCAGCUUCUCAGACCCAGACGACCUCCUCAACUUCAAGCUGGUUAUCUGUCCCGAUGAGGGCUUCUACAAGAGUGGGAAGUUUGUGUUCAGUUUUAAGGUGGGACAAGGUUAUCCACAUGACCCCCCCAAGGUGAAGUGUGAGACAAUGGUCUAUCAUCCUAACAUUGACCUCGAGGGCAACGUCUGCCUCAACAUCCUCAGAGAGGACUGGAAGCCAGUCCUUACGAUAAACUCCAUAAUUUAUGGCCUGCAGUAUCUCUUCUUGGAGCCCAACCCCGAGGACCCACUGAACAAGGAGGCCGCCGAGGUCCUGCAGAACAACCGGCGACUGUUUGAACAAAACGUGCAGCGCUCCAUGAGAGGUGGCUACAUCGGGUCCACCUACUUCGAGCGCUGCCUGAAAUAGGGUUAGCAAAUACGACCCCUGCCAGGGUUACCAGCCCAGGCAUCCCCUACAAAUAUUUAUUGGGGGCCCGGGUAGGGUAUGUGGGGUAGCCUUGGCCCCUGCCUUGGCCUUACCUCUCCUCCCUGUCACCUGUCCCUAGUUAUUUUUUUUUUAACCACCACGUGAUUAUGGUCGGUGCUGCCUUUUCCCGACCUGCUCAGCGAUGGGAAAUGAAUUGGCUUGUUUAGCGCCCCCCCCCUCCCGCUGGGUGCUGUCCAAUACCCUACUCUUGACUGUGGGGUAAGUGGGCAAUGGGCCUGGGUCGCUGAGCCCGGGCAACCCACCCCACCACCACUGGAGGUCCCACCAGGCUAUUAAAGGGGAAUGUUACUGCA